CCUACAUCUGCGUGAGUCACAGAGAAGCUAUUUCCCCGAUAUUCAGUGGAGACAUCAAAAUGUGCCUGUAGCCAAGACAGAUCGUUCUAUGAAAUCAUCUGUGGAGGUUUUCCGCAAUGGGACACUCAAACUGCACAAUGUCGGGAGAAACUGUAGUGGGGUAUAUAUGGUUAACUCCUACGACAACCAUGGCAUCUUACAACUGAAUGAGAGCACUCACUUGAUUGUGAUUGAUCCUCCAGUGGUAGAGCUUGUUGUCUGCACACUGGAAGUGUCUGUGUUUCACUGUGCGGGAGAAAAUGGGCCUGGCGCCGUGUACGAGUGGAGGGUCAGUAUCCAGAACCAGGGACAUCGGACCGUCUCCAGUCACACUGGAAAAUAUCUGGCUCUGAGAUAUUCAUCCGGAAACAUCUCCUGUACUCUGAAAAUCGGCAACUUCAAUAGUCAGAGUGAGACCUCUUCCCUCUCCUGCAAAGAGUCAGGUCUGCCUGGUCCAGAACUGAAGUGGUCUGUCAGUAUGGAGGUCCUUGUCAUGCUGGGCCUUCUGUGCUUCAUGAUGUGUGGAAUUUCAGUCGCUGUACAAAUAUGCCUCAAGCAACGGAAUUCAAAUGGAACAUCUGAGGCAUGCAGUCUCUCUGUUGACAAGGCCCAGGAUGAUGGAACUGUGUACAGUGAAGUCAGAUACAUUUGCAAAUAA